CUGUAGUGGACACCAGGAGAGUGCUCACAACAGCAAAUUCCCAAUAUAAAAUGAAGAGAUUGCAGGAGGAACGACUGUCUGCUGCCAGGAGAGACAAUCGUCUUUUGGUUUCCAGGAUGAAAAACAAUCGUCUUCUGGCGUCCAGGAUGAAAGACAAUCGUCUUCUGGCUUCCAGGAUGGCCAACAUCAAAGGCACAGUGGACCACAGGAAUGAAUACCGACGUAAAAGUUUGAAUGCUGGCAAAAGGAAGCAGGAUCUUAUGGUUAUCAGUGAGGGAAAUCAGGCCAUGUGCCAACGACUCUUAUCCCGCAAGUCUGUAUACUCCCGGGAACAUUGGUUGGGUGACUGGRAGAAGACGGAGCAUUUACUCAAACACAUAUCCCGGUACCCCAAGGAACAAGCAGCUAAACAGAGACUGGAAAGGAAAAAGAAGAUGGUGACCUUUAACAAGCAAGACCAGUCUACAAGCAAGUCAACCACUGGCAGAAGCAAAGACAUUCCUGGAGACCAUUCGAAUGCUGGCAAAAGGAAGCAGGAUCUUAUGAUCAUCAGUGAGCAAAAUCGGGCCAUGUACAAACGACUUGCAUCCCGUAGGUCUGUAUACUCCCGGGAGAAUUGGUUGGGUCACUGGGAGAAGAUGGACCGCUUGCUACAACACAUGUCCCGGUACCCCAGGGAACAACCAGCUAAACAAAAACUGGAAAGGAAAGAGAAGAUGGUGACCUUGGACAAGCAAGACCAGUCUACAAGCAAGUCAACCACUGGCAGAAGCAAAGUCGUUCCUGGAGACCAUUCGAAUGCUGGCAAAAGGAAGCAAAAGGACAUCCCUGGGCAAAAUCAGGCCAUGUACCAGCGACUUGCAUUCCAUAAGUCUGUGUUCUCCCGGGAGCAUUGGUUGAGUGACUGGGAGAAGACGGAGCUUUUGCUACAACACAUGUCCCGGUACCCCAAGGUACAACCAACUAAACAGAAACUGGAAAGGAAAGAGAAGAUGGUGACCUUGGACAAGCAAGACCAGUCUACAAGCAAGUCAACCACUGGCAGAAGCAAAGUCGUUCCUGGAGACCAGUAAAGCUCACARCUUAURCAGAAAUGUUUUGCAAAUUCUGCUUUGACAAACAACAUGCUGCCACUAGGCUUAAGUGUCUAAAACCCUUAAGUGGCCGACAUCAUCUACAUCACAUCACAUGA